AUGGCCAUGUCCAAGACAUUUACACUUUGCAUUGUUGCUCUCUUGUUGUGCUCGAUUUGUAGUGAAACGGCAAAUGCAAAAGAUAUCAGUAAUGGGGCAAUACGUCGUGAUCAGCCAGGUGGUUGCAGGGAGUCACGGUGCAUGUCUCCACCAUCCAACUCUUAUAGCAGAGGUUGUGAGAAGGGGAAGGAGUGCAGAGGUGGUGGUCGUAAAUUUAAAUGA